AUGAGAUACUCAGUAUCAGUUGCUUCCUCAACGUCUACGUACACCUCGGUCGAGAGUCCAAAACAACCCUUCCAACCCUCAUCGCACGGCAACUUAGUUCUAUCCCAGUCCUCUUGUCUUUCACAGACCGCCCAUUCACCACUCCCAUUCAAAAGUAAAGCAAAGACGCAUGGCCAUGGCUACAUUGACUAUUGCAACCUCUACAUCAAGAACAUUGACCCCAGCAUCAGCAGCAACGACUUGUACGACGUCUUUAGAAAGUAUGGGCAUAUUGUAUCAGCGAGGAUUAUGAGUAAUCCUGUCAACGGCCAAUCCAAAGGGUUCGGCUUUGUCAGUUACACACAUGUUGAUGAAGCAGCAGCAGCAUUAAAAGCCAUGAAUGGACAAGUGGUGGGCAUCAAGCAGUUGACGGUCGCUUAUCAUGAGCCAAGGAAAUUACGUACAAUGUCGCCUGGAUUUGUUCCACAACAGCAACCCUCCUCCUCAACACCCCCCUCAUUUCAACAACCAACAUCAUCAUCCUCGAAUGUCAAUGAAUCAACAUCCCGAAUCCAUUAUCAUCAUCAUCAUCACCACACAGCAUAUCGAUUCAAAGCCAUUGAUAGUCAAAGUGAUAUGCAAGUGCCUGACAAUCAUCAUCAUCAUCAUGCGGUGAUGGCAACGACUUCCGCAUCAACCCCGACCAAUCGAACCUUCACCAAGGAAACAAUGACCUCUACUAGAAGAAAACAAUCACCAUUGAUGAUAGAAGCACCGUCGACAAGGAUACCAGAUACACCACAACCUGCUGAUGGAGAUGGUAGAUCAACAACAACACCACCCUAUCAUCCUUCACAAUUUCAAUCACGAUUAAAUCAUGACAACAACCCCGAGGAGCAGCACUUUAUUACAGUUGAUUUGCAACGGAAAAGACUCGCCGAAGCCGCCACGCGACACGCCACAUUUGAUUACGAUUUGAACCAAGUGGUGGAUUUGCUAAGUGCGAUGAGCGAAAUGGAUCAGGCUAUGUGCCUUUUCAAUCCACAAUUUCUUUCACAAAAGCUACAACUUGUCAUGGAUAUUCUACGUCAAACCAAUGAUCCUGCUGAACAAACGAGAAUGAUGUUAGAAUCCACUACUACCACCAACACCACCGCCACUGCUGCUGCUGCUGCUGCUGCUGCUGCAAAACCCAUCCACAUUCAACAUCCUUCGAGCAACAACAAUGCAAUGACCCUUACAGCACCUUGGAAGUAUCAUCAGUAUAGCAGUAGCUAUGGAUCUAGCGAUGUAUCAGGUGGUCAACAACAACAACAACAACAACAACAACAACACUAUACCAGGCAAUAUGAAAAUGCUUUGGGAGAUGUUCAACCAGCACCUGUAUCGACAUACCUCGAAUUCGAACCAGACCCAGAGACGUGUUAUACCCCUGUUGCAGAACCACCCUAUUAUCUAUUUGAUGUGAAUGGCUAUCCUUCACCCCCUGACGAAUACAAAAGCGAGUUUACCGUGAUCCAAGAAAAGCUCUCGCAAAUGAAGAAUGCAAGCAUCUUACAAAGGAGACAAAUGUUGGGUGAUCAUUUAUAUCCAUACGUCAAGAGAACGGGGGUGAGACGUGCACCCAAGGUGACCGUUUACCUUUUAGACACCAUCAAACCAGAAGAGCUCGCCACCAUCAUGUUUGACAAAGUAUGGCUUGAUACCUAUGUAAAGCAUGCAGCAACCCAAGUGGAAAGAUAUCAGUGA